AUGAGGACGAAAUCUGGUGAUAUCGAAGCAGAGAGAAGAGGGAAGAGGAAAUCUCCGGAGGGAGACGACAAUGGUAGAGUGAAGAGACGACGAUCGGUUCAGAAAAACAAUCAGAAGAACACUCUUCGGAGAGACGCAAAUGGUCGAGUGAAGAGACGAUGGGUUCAGAGAAAGAAAAAGAAGAACAGGAAGAUCCUCAGAGGAAUCUGUGGCUGUGUAUCACCUCGAUGCUCUGCUUAUACUUACCGUUCCAGCUUCUCAUGGUUUGAGAAAGAUAUAUGGACAUACAUUUCAAGGUUUUUGGAUGGUAAAUCACUGGUGAUGCUUGGAGCCACAAACAAAUGGUUCAACAAAAUCAUAUUGGAGGAGGAAACUCUUUGGAGGUUUGCCUGCUUGCGUGAUCUUCAGAUGGGAGUCACUCUUACUUGUUCCGUCAGCAGGAAAAGCAUAUUGACUGGAUGUUGCAUUGGUGCCUUUACUCUUGACUCUCGAAAGUCACUCCUGACUGAGAGUUUUAGUGGUCAACUGAAAGUUCCAAGGGAAGGAACCAUCAAACGGAUGCUGGAAUCCAGUGGUUUAUGUGUUAUUAGAGACGUCAAAAGCGGUAUUUGGAUUGCAGAUUUACAGCUUGUUCGUUGCCCUGUCUGUGACCGCAGUACCUGUGAUGGAACAAUGCUAACACUUGAUGCUAGGCACAUUGAACUGUUCCUUAAUGAAGGCUAUCAAGAUGGAAGCUGGGAUUACAAUCUGAUUGGAUCUCACAAGUUAAAGAACGAUGCAGCUUGUGGAGCCAUAUUUGAUCUCAAACACCUUAAAGCAUCCUCAUCCCCAGGUAUUCCCCAUCUCAAGUCUUGGACCGGAAAGCCAGAUGAUUACCAGCCAAAAGCAGUUAUCGCACCUCACGCAGUAGCUGUUCACGCAAGGUUGCAACAAAACGAAGGAAUCCUUGUGAAGUAUCACACAAUGAAAGCAGGAACAGACGGUGACGUUGUUUCCAUUAGAAUCUCCCAGCAGCUACUCUGA